UUCAUUGGAUUCAGGACACCAAAAUCUUUGAUGGCUUUCGUGGUGAGAAGAUGGAAAAUAUUAUUACUGCUGAACGUGUUUGCCGUUGCGGGGUUCAUUACCUUUUGGGGCAAGUGCAACAUACGGAUGACGAAAUCCGCAGGUCAAGACCCAUCUUCUGAUUGGAGGAGACAAACACACUUCAACAUCUCAGCUCAGGAGACCAGCAUCUCACAUGAGACCCUGCUUAGAAGACUGGGGUCAUUAGAAGAUGUGGUCUACAGACAACUAAAUGGUUUGUCUAAGUCCCUUGGGCUUAUUGAGGGCUUUGGGGGUCGAGGACAAGGAGGAUUACCCGCAACGUUGAGUCCUGCAGAGGAAAAAGAAGCGAAAUACCUUAGGGAAAAAUAUGGCUACAAUGCUUUUCUCAGUGACAAAAUCUCUCUGGACAGGUCUAUUCCUGACUAUCGCCCUAACAAGUGCAAGAAGGCGGUCUACCUCAGAGACCUGCCUCAGAUCUCUCUUAUCUUCAUCUUUGUGAAUGAGGCACUGUCUGUGAUCCUGCGUUCCGUCCAUUCGGCUGUCAAUCACACGCCGUCCCACCUACUUAAGGAGAUCAUUCUCGUAGAUGACAACAGUGAUGAUGAACAACUGAAGGGGCCACUUGAGGAAUACGUCAACAAGCGCUACCCUGGCCUCGUCAAAAUUGUACGCAAUCAGAAGAGAGAAGGUCUCAUUCGCGCUCGCAUCGAGGGCUGGAAAGUGGCGACCGGGGAGGUGACGGGGUUCUUUGAUGCCCAUGUGGAAUUCACCCCUGUUUGGGCUGAACCAGUUCUGUCCAGAAUUAAGGAGAACCCCAAGAGAAUCAUCUUGCCCUCCAUUGACAACAUUAAGGAUGAUACCUUUGAGCUGGAGCGUUAUGAGAACUCGGGACAUGGCUACAAUUGGGAGCUAUGGUGCAUGUACAUCAGUCCACCCAAACAGUGGUGGGACGAAGGGGAUACAUCAGCACCCAUAAGGACUCCUGCGAUGAUUGGUUGCUCUUUUGUUGCAAACCGUGAUUACUUUGGAGAGUUGGGUUUGCUGGACUCAGGAAUGGAUGUGUACGGUGGAGAGAAUAUAGAACUAGGAAUCAGGGUUUGGCUUUGUGGAGGCAGUAUGGAGGUCCUGCCAUGUUCCAGGGUUGCUCACAUGGCCAGAGCAAAGAAACCUUAUCACAGCAACAUCGCUUUCCACACCAGACGCAAUGCGCUUCGUGUGGCUGAAGUCUGGAUGGAUGAAUACAAAUCAAACGUCUACCUGGCUUGGAAUAUCCCAAUGGAGAACCAUGGCAUUGACUAUGGUGACAUCUCGGAGAGGGUCGCUCUGAGGAAGAGCCUGCAGUGUAAAAACUUUGAAUGGUACCUAGACAACAUCUAUCCAGAGAUGAGAAGGUACAACAGUACUCUCUUUUAUGGAGAGAUUCGCAAUACCAAUGUGACUCAUUUGUGUGUGGACCAGGGCAUAAAGGAGAACCACACAGCAACCCUGCACCCCUGCCACGGCUGGGCACCACAGCUGGGGCGAUACACUAAGGAAGGUUAUCUGUUCUUGGGACCUCUGGGUAGCACGGGGGAGGACACACGCUGUAUGGUGGAUGAUCGUGUCAGCCACUAUCCACAGCUCCUCAACUGUGAAAAGGUCUCAAACCUGAAGCAGAAAACAUGGCACUUUGCUCAGAAUAAAGCAAUCAUAAACCGAGCCACUGGACGCUGUCUGGAAGUCGUUAAGGCAAAUGUCUAUUUUGGCUACGAGCUGGUUUUAAGGUCCUGCACCGGACAGAAAUGGAAUAUCAGGAACACAAUGAGGCAGCAGAAAGGACAGUGA